AUGGAUACGCAUCCAGCUGGGUUUGUGUGGAAUGUAAAUAAUGUUAGCAACAACAUGGAUGAGUUUGAUUGGGCCUUAAUUAGUUUGGUUGAUAGCCUUGUUUCCAAAGCUUCCAUGGGUUCUUCUAGACUCAAGUUUGCAAGUGGUAACAAAAACUUCACAGAAUAUGAGAAUAUAUAUGCUCUCAUGAUGUGUACCCCAGAUCUAUCAUCAGGUGAUUGUAGAGAUUGUCUAAGAGGAGCAGUGGGUGAUUAUCAAAGUUGUUGUAAUAGGAAGCAAACGGUAGAUAUUCUGAAACCAAGCUGUGUUUUUCUGUAUAAGCAGUAUCCCUUCUUUGAAUCUACAGCUGAUGCUUCACCGCCACUGCCACCGCCACCACUUGCAGUUUUUUUUGCUCCUCCCCCUUUAACACCAUCAAUGAACACAACAACAAAAGAAGGGCUUUUAUGGAGGGCACAGGGUGGAAAGCCAAUGCCCUAA